GAGUCUUUUUUUGCUGAUUCUGACGAAAAAUUUUCAACCAUGAAUUCUGGUACUUCAAGUAUAUGCGUGCUCAAAUCGUUGUUACGACAAACUGCAAGACUUCACCAUGUUUCUUUCUUUUCAACUUCUUCUAAUGAGCCAUCAGAUGGCUGUGCAAGCAAGGCAAAAAAACCAAGAAGAGUGAAAACACCAAUUGGCAAACUUGAUGAAAUUGAAGAAGGGCAGCAUCCCUAUCAAGAAAAAGAACCAUUGAAGCCAUGGCCAAACAAUACAAAUCCAACAACUGGUGAAGUUGGUGGACCAAAGGGCCCAGAGCCAACAAGGUAUGGAGAUUGGGAGCGGAAAGGGAGAGUCUCUGAUUUUUAAGAAAUACUGUCUUGUCAAACAUAGUUUACUUAUGAAAACACAAUACAAAUACUGGAGGUUAUAAACAUCAA